CUUAGGCUUCUGCUCCAGACUUAUAAAGAUAAGGUAAGACUGUACCCAUUCAGUAAGCGACAUUAAAUCAAAUAGUGAUGUAAAGGAGGAUUCAUCGAAAUAGUCAUUUUAUAGGCUGAAGUGAAAGUAAUAACUAUUAUUAUCAAAAAUGCAAGGUGCACGCACAUGGCUACUAUUGGUCAUCGGCUUAUACCUAGCCAUCGACAUCGAGGGCCGGAGGAAGUUGAAACGAGACCAAGAAGAGAGUUUGAAAUCUAUUGAAAACGUCGAAUUUGAUGGCAACUACGAUGAGCUGGAGCCCUGCCAGUGCGGCGUGUUCAUGUCGCAACAAGUAGGCGUAAAGGAAGGUCGCCGCAGCAGGCCCCGUGGUCCACCAGAAGGCGAGCCCGUGGUCACCUACGAUACGGACGCCCCUAGCUUACCAUGCGGUGGUGGAGGCUUCAAGCAUUGCGUCAACAAAUGUCUUGAUGUGAUAUUGAAAUACCUACCCCGAGCUGGCCCAGUUAUAUGUGGAGCAGUGGAACGCGAUAUACACCGCGAGAAAGCUUACCUCUUCAUCAAGAACUGUGGUGGAGACUGGAUGCCUACUAGCUUCUCAGCUGGAAAAGAGUUCUGCUGCACCGACGGACAACACCAUAAAUGUUAAUCAUAAAUGACAUGAUGAUUUAUAUUCAUGUAUAACAAAGUAUAUAAUUAUAAUUUAGACAUAUAUUUAUUUAUUUUUAUAUCAGCAAUUUAGGGCAGGUAAGAACUAUCGAAAUUAUAAUACGUAACAUGUGUAAAUAUUAGAUUAACUGUAUCACUGCGGCCAGCCUAUUUUUAAAUUAUUAUUAAUGUAAUGCAAUAUACCUAUUUAUUGUCUUAAACGUAGCACUGAAGUUAUGUAAGUUAAGGCAAAAUUUUAUGCAUAUCCGCUUGAAAAUAUGUAUUCUUUGUAUCUCUUAUUUCUUGGUAUUUUGUAUAGUUUUACUCGGUAUUUGGUAUCUUAUAUUAAAUUAUUUUGUCACAUUAGAUACAUGUCAUUUAAUAGAGGACACAGACCUUAGAGUACUUACGUGGAGGAGAGGACGGCUUGAGUUCCCGCCGUUUCCCUCCGGUGAGCGUUAAUUAAUACCUACAUGUGGCACUGAGCUACUGUUCGUCUCGUCUCAGUAAAUGUAAUGUCGCUAUCUACGUCCGGGAUGGGUUAUUUACUUAAAUUAGAAUUUAUUAUGUAAAUAAAAAAAAAAUUAAUUAGAUAUUGAAAUAAAAAAAGUGGUUUUAAUUAGGUAGGUCGGGGAUUUAUAAUUCUAUUUGCAAUUUAGUCUAUGAUAAUUUUUUUGUUUAUUUGAAUAAUUUGAAAUUCGAAUUAAGCAAUUUGCUUGUAAUAAGUGCCUAUUUUAUGCAUUUCUAUUGUAUUUAAAGCUAAGUUAUCUAUUAUUUACUAAGCAGUUAUUAGUAAAAUUAAUAGAAGUUCUAUGUAAGUCACAUGCAUCACAUGUCUAUAUAUUCUUAUAAUAGUAUAAAUAGCUAUGUUCUUUGUAUUUUUGUAUUUUAUUAGUAAUUUUUUUAUUAUGUAAGACAUAUGUAUAAUUU